ACAUGUUUCCCCUGCCGCUUCUCAGUCUGCUUUUUAUCUCAGCCUCGGGAUUCGAGCCACCGGCAGAGAAGAAGAAAGAGAAGAAGAGUGAAGAGGGGCCGGAGUGUCAUGGAGGGGAGAAGAGGAAGAGUAAAUAUGACACAAUAUUCACCAGAGGAGACCUGCUGGAGGUUCCCAGGACUCUCUUCAUACACUUCGGGAUUUACCUGGGUGGAGGCAGAGUAGCUCAUUUCAUCCCAGACAUCAUGCCCGUCAUCUCCAGUGACCAGUAUCGGAUCAGUCAGAUGGUCUCCAACACCAGACUCCUACUUGGAGUGCUGGCUAAGUGUGGCAGUGUGAGGGUGGACUCAGUAGAGGACUUUGCCUAUGGAGCAGACAUACGGGUCAACCCUAUGGAUAAGGUAUUAAGCCACGCAGUGCUGAAAGGGGAGGAUGUGGCCAGAAGGGCAGAGAAGCUACAGGGAGAAGUGGCCUACAGCCUGCUGUGGUACAACUGUGAACACUUUGUCAUGUACUGCAGAUACGGCACCGUCAUGAGCUUCCAGACAUUUCAGUUCUGUAAGACGAUGAGGAAGCUGCUACUGAGUCAGCGUGUUGCCAAGUCAGCGGCAGUGCUGGCACUGUGUUUGGUGCUUUACCUGCAGGCUGUGAGUCUGUGCUCUGUGCUACUGGCUGUUAUACUGCCUUUCCUCAUCUGGAUGGCCUCAUGA